AUGUUGACAGGCGCCAGUGACAUGUGCAGGUACCUGGAGCUGGUGGCCCCUCCUCCGGGAGCUCUCUCUCGGCUUCCUCAGGCGCAGUUGAGCGGGCGCAGCUGGAGCAGUCCGUGGAGCGACUCUUUCCAAACUUUUGCGGUAGUUUCUCUGAUCAAAGGUCCGCACAGGGACAGCCUCCGCGUCGCUCUGCAGCCGUAUGAUCCCGGGAUAACACAGGUGAAACAGGACGAUCGCUGUCACACUAAAGACAAGUUUGGCACAGCUUUCGCGCAGGCAACCAUUGAGACGCGCUCUGUGGCUGUGAAAGCUGAGCCGCGCUGA